ACGUUUGAUUACAUUAAGCGUGAGCUGCCGCGCGUUCCUGGAGAUCUGCCGGUCCUUAUUGUGGCGAACCAUCGAGACAUGGGUCAUCAUCGCACCUUAACUGCAAGUGAAGUUAAGGCUUUUCUUGCCUCUGAAGCAGACGCCUCCAGAGAUUCUCCGUAA